AUGCAGAAGGACGGGGUCUCCAGCGAGACUCACUCCCCACCCAAGGCCAAGGUGAAAGCCGCAUCCUGGCCUGUGGUUUCUCCACAUUGGCGGCGCAGAAGUUGCAGGGCCCACUCUCUACCCGUCUCUCCAGAAGCCAGCCUCUCUCGUGGGCAGCGCUGGCCAGCGGGGCGGCGGGGCGAAUCACGCGGUCGGCCCCAGCGGGUUAAGCCCCCACGGAGCUCCGGGGGCCAGGUCACCGCGGAGCCCAGCGGGGCGCUGGCCCGGGACGCCUUGGAGCUCCGUCCAGCGGGAAGUGGGUUCCUCACCCCGCUCCCUCGGGCCCGACACGGCCAGCUUCCACGGGAAGGAAGCCCUGUCCCCUCGCCCCAGACCCUCUGCAGGGGCACCAAGCUUGCACCAGAGUGUGGGCCCGGGAGCUGGGAGCAGCGGCCCGCCCUGCCGUUGGGAGACCCCGGCCCCUCCCCCUCGGCCCUCCGCCCCCUGACCUCCGGAGUCCGGGACUCCCCCUUCCGGAACUCGGGCAUUCGCCCCUUCGCCUCAGCACCCCGGCCCCUUCCCCUCAGCACCCCGGCGCCCUUCCUCAGGCCCGGCCCCUUUCCCUCACCCCCCGGCCCCUUCCCCUCAGCACCCCGGCCCCUUCCCCUCAGCCCCCGGCGCCCUUCCUCAGGCCCGGCCCCUUUCCCUCAGCCCCCGGCCCCUUCCCCUCAGCACCCCGGCCCCUUCCCCUCAGCCCCCCGGCCCCUUCCCCUCAGCACCCCGGCCCCUUCCCCUCAGCCCCCCGGCCCCUUCCCCUCAGCCCCCGGCGCCCUUCCUCAGGCCCGGCCCCUUUCCCUCACCCCCCGGCCCCUUCCCCUCAGCCCCCCGGCCCCUUCCCCUCAGCCCCCGGCGCCCUUCCUCAGGCCCGGCCCCUUUCCCUCAGCCCCCGGCCCCUUCCCCUCAGCCCCCCGGCCCCUUCCCCUCAGCACCCCGGCCCCUUCCCCUCAGCCCCCCGGCCCCUUCCCCUCAGCCCCCGGCGCCCUUCCUCAGGCCCGGCCCCUUUCCCUCACCCCCCGGCCCCUUCCCCUCAGCCCCCCGGCCCCUUCCCCUCAGCCCCCGGCGCCCUUCCUCAGGCCCGGCCCCUUUCCCUCAGCCCCCGGCCCCUUCCCCUCAGCACCCCGGCCCCUUCCCCUCAGCCCCCCGGCCCCUUCCCCUCAGCCCCCGGCGCCCUUCCUCAGGCCCGGCCCCUUUCCCUCACCCCCCGGCCCCUUCCCCUCAGCCCCCCGGCCCCUUCCCCUCAGCCCCCGGCGCCCUUCCUCAGGACCGGCCCCUUCCCCUCAGCCCCCGGCGCCCUUCCCCUCAGCCCCCGGCGCCCUUCCUCAGGCCCGGCCCCUUCCCCUCAACCCCCGGCCCCUUCCCCUCAGCCCCCGGCGCCCUUCCUCAGGCCCGGCCCCUUCCCCUCAGCCCCCCGGCCCCUUCCCCUCAGCCCCCGGCGCCCUUCCUCAGGCCCGGCCCCUUCCCCUCAGCUCCCCAGCCCCUUCCCCUCAGCCCCCGGCGCCCUUCCUCAGGCCCGGCCCCUUCCCCUCAGCCCCCCGGCCCCUUCCCCUCAGCCCCCGGCGCCCUUCCUCAGGCCCGGCCCCUUCCCCUCAGCCCCCCGGCCCCUUCCCCUCAGCCCCCGGCGCCCUUCCUCAGGCCCGGCCCCUUCCCCUCAGCCCCCCAGCCCCUUCCCCUCAGCCCCCGGCGCCCUUCCUCAGGCCCGGCCCCUUCCCCUCAGCCCCCGGCGCCCUUCCUCAGGCCCGGCCCCUUCCCCUCAGCCCCCGGCGCCCUUCCCCUCAGCCCCCGGCGCCCUUCCCCUCAGCCCCCGGCGCCCUUCCUCAGGCCCGGCCCCUUCCCCUCAGCCCCCGGCGCCCUUCCUCAGGCCCGGCCCCUUUCCCUCAGCCCCUGGCCCCUUCCCCUCAGCCCCCCGGCCCCCUCCCUCAGGCCCGGCCCCUUCCCUCAGCCCCCGGCCCGCCCAUCCCCUUCUCUGACCUCGGCCCCCAGCCCCGGGAAGCCUCGCCCGCGCUCCCCCCGCGCGCGAAACCGCGAGCGGAAAUGCGGCGAGACCGCCGCGGCCGCCGCUUCCUUCCCGUUUCGGGACCUGGCUGCGCCCGGGGACCGUAG